GAGCUCCAUUCGAGCGACGACUCCGCGACGAUGAGCAUCAAAUUCAACGUUAAUGGCUUCCCCUACGAGGUGCAGGCGGCGGACUACGCCCCGGACACCACCCUCAACGCCUUCCUCCGGGAGCACCUCCACCUGACGGCCACCAAGUACAUGUGCCUGGAGGGCGGAUGCGGCUCCUGCAUCUGCGUCAUCCGCAGGCGCCACCCGGUCACCCAGGAGGUGCAGUCUCGGGCAGCCAACUCGUGUCUAACACUGCUGAACACCUGUGACGAUGUGGAUAUCAUGACGGACGAGGGACUGGGCAACCAACAAAGCGGCUACCAUCCGAUCCAGAAGCGCCUGGCGCAGAUGAAUGGCACCCAGUGUGGCUACUGUUCCCCCGGAUUUGUGAUGAACAUGUACGGACUACUGGAGCAGCAUCGUGGUCAGGUGAGCAUGUCGCAGGUGGAGGAUGCGUUCGGUGGAAACCUCUGUCGCUGCACUGGCUACCGACCCAUCCUGGAUGCCAUGAAGUCCUUCGCGGUGGACAGCAACAUAGAGGUGCCGCCCGAGUGCGUGGACAUAGAGGACUCCUUCGAGCUGCUCUGCCCACGAACUGGACAAUCCUGCAAGGGCAGCUGCUCGAGACCUCCGCUGAGGGAUCAAAGUGGUAGCCACUGGUACUGGCCCAAGUCGCUGGCGGAGCUCUUCUCGGCCCUCGGCCAGGUGGGAAACGGAGAUCUAUACAUCCUGGUGGCAGGGAACACGGCCCACGGAGUUUACCGGCGACCCAGGGACAUCCUCCACUUCAUCGACGUGAACCUGGUGCCGGAGCUGAGGCAGUACAGCAUCGAGGCGGAUCACCUGCUGCUGGGCGGGAAUGUCACUCUCACCGAUGCCAUGCAGGUUUUUCUGCUGGCCGCCAAGAUGCCCGGAUUCGAGUACUGUGCUCAGUUGUGGCAGCAUUUCAACCUGAUUGCCAAUGUGCCGGUGCGAAAUAAUGGCACACUGGCGGGCAACAUAAGCAUUAAGAAGCAACAUUUCGAAUUUCCCUCCGAUGUGUUCAUCACUUUCGAGGCUUUGGAUGUGCAUGUCCUGGUUUACGACAAUCCCAGUUCCCAGAGGGUAAUGACUCUCCUGUCCUAUCUCAGCGACACAACACCAAAACUAGUGUUGGGUGGAUUCAUCUUAAAAGCCUAUCCCAAGGACAGAUACCUAUUCAGAUCUUACAAGAUCUUGCCAAGAGCUCAGAAUGUCCAUGCCUAUGUGAACGCAGGUUUCCUCAUUGACUGGCAGGAUAUACAGCGCAGGACUGUACGUUCUGCUCGUAUUUGUUUUGGCAACAUUCGACCGGACUACAUACACGACGACCAAGUGGAGCAACUGCUCCCAGGUAGGGAUCUCUACGAUCCUGCAACAAUUGCACAGAUCUUUCAACAGCUGCCAGCUAGCCUUCAACCCGAAGAACGGCCACCGGAAGCCUCUCCGGAAUAUCGACAGAUCCUGGCCUGCUCCUUGCUCUACAAGUUCCUGCUGGCCACCGCACCUAGAGAGCGAGUUCGAGAGCGAUAUCGCUCCGGAGGAUUGCUCCUGGAGAGACCUCUGUCCUCUGGCAGCCAAUCCUUUGAGACCAUUAAGAAGAACUACCCGGUCACACAACCAGUGCAGAAGCUGGAGGGUCUCAUUCAAUGUUCUGGCGAAGCCAUGUACAUGAACGAUUUGCUGACCACCUCAAAUGCGGUGCACUGCGCUUUUGUGACCGCCAAGCGGGUAGGAGCCACCAUCGAGCAGAUCGACGCCUCCGCUGCCCUCCAGUGCAAGGGCGUGGUGGCCUUCUAUUCGGCCAAGGACAUUCCUGGAGCCAACAACUUUGUUCCUGUGGAUCAGUUUACCCCUGAGGUGGACGAGAUCUUUGUUGCUGGGCAGGUCAAGUACUUCGAUCAGCCCUUGGGAGUGAUUGCUGCUCUCACCCAUGAUGCAGCUGUGUAUGCCGCCACUUUGGUGGUGGUCACUUAUGCCAGGGAUCAGCGCAGGAUCUUUACGAGCAUGAACCAAGUGCUGGCGGAAAAGCAAACCGAUCGCAUUGUGUGCUUAAAGAAGGAACACCUGGAACCCCUCAUGUCACCCCCGCUUGCUCCUGGCGAUGUCCUUGGUAGGGGGAUCCUUGAACUGGAAUCGCAGUACCACUUCACCAUGGAACCUCAAACGACUAUUGCGGUGCCCUUGGAUAGCAUCCUGCAGGUAUUCUGUGCCACCCAGUGGAUGGAUGCCACCCAGGGAUCGAUUGCCAAAAUGCUGGGUGUGAGUGUGAACUCCGUUCAGCUCCAAGUUAGACGAGUGGGAGGAGCCUAUGGAGCCAAGGUCACCAGGUGCAACAUGGUGGCCUGUGCCGCCGCCUUGGUGGCUUCGAAGUUGAGAAGACCGGCCAGAUUUGUGCAGACUAUUGAGGCCAUGAUGGAGAUCAACGGCAAACGCUGGGCAUGCCGCUCGGACUACGAGUUCCGUGCCCGAGCCAGUGGUUUAAUCAUCAUGCUGACCAAUAAUUACUACGAGGAUGCCGGCUGCAAUCUGAACGAGAAUGUCGUGGACUUUCUUACGCUGCCAAUCCUUCGAAACGUUUACAACCUGACCGACUCGAACUAUAGGGCUAAAGGCAGUGCCAUCAGAACAGAUGCACCCAGCUCCACUUGGUGUCGAGCUCCGGGAUCCGCGGAGGGCAUUGCAAUGACAGAAACCGCUUUGGAGCACAUUGCCUUCACUUGCCAACUGGAUCCUGCGGAUGUUCGACUGGCUAAUCUUCAGCCCGGAAGCAAAAUGGUGCAGCUGUUGCCCAAAUUUUUGGCCUCCACAGAGUAUCGCAAGCGUCGGGAGCAAAUCAAUCUGUACAACUCCCAGAAUCGAUGGCGCAAACGAGGUAUCGGCUUGGCACUGAUGAGCUUCCCCCUGAACACGACCGUGGCGUUCAAUUAUCCCGUAACGGUGGCCAUUUACCACGAGGACGGAUCGGUGGUGAUCUCGCACGGGGGCAUUGAGAUCGGUCAGGGGGUGAACACCAAGGCGGCCCAGGUGGCGGCCUUCGCGCUCGGAGUUCCUCUGGAUCAGGUGCGGGUGGAGGCCAGCAACACGGUCAGUGGAGCCAACUCCAUGCUGACGGCCAACUCGAUGACCAGCGAGAUGAUCGGACUGGCGGUGCGGAAGGCCUGCGAGACGCUCAACCAGCGACUGGCUCCGGUGAAGGAGCGACUGGGACCAAGGGCCACCUGGCUGCAGGUGCUCCAAGCGGCCUACUUGCAGUCCGUCUUCCUUAUCGCCACGGAAUCGUACAAGCUGGGGGACAUACCCAACUACAACAUAUACGGGCUGAGUCUCACCGAACUGGAAGUGGACAUUCUGACCGGAAACCACCUGAUCCGACGAGUGGACAUCCUGGAGGACGCUGGAGAGAGCCUGAGUCCGCACAUCGAUGUGGGCCAAGUGGAGGGAGCCUUCACCAUGGGUCUGGGCUACUACCUCACCGAGCUGCUGGUCUACGACCGCCAGACGGGUCGCAUCCUGACGAACCGCACCUGGAACUACCACCCACCCGGGGCCAAGGACAUUCCCAUCGACUUCCGCAUCGAGCUGCUGCAGAAGAGUCCCAACCCGGUGGGCUUUAUGCGAUCCAAGGCCACGGGGGAGCCAGCUCUGUGCCUGGCCGUCGGAGUCCUCUUCGCCAUGCAGCACGCGAUCCAGUCGGCCAGGAAGGAUGCGGGGCUUCCCAGGGAGUGGGUGCGACUGGGGGCUCCGACGACGCCGGAGACGGUGGUGCUGAAUGCCGGAAGUCAGGUGGAGGCAUUCUCAAUCCAAUAAUGGAAUUCAUUUGAAUCCGAUUGAUUUAGCUUCGUAUAUUUUUUGGAAUGGCUAUUGAAAUCCGAACAACUAAUCUUUAAAUUUAUCAUACUGAUUUUUUACCAAUAAAUAAAAUGAGGGUUACAAAAUA